UGCUGUAAAACGGUAUACAGCCAUGAUGCUUCUGCUAUCAAUGCACAGCAGACGACCAUCAACUCAAUCCUAAAAAUGUCUUCGAUGAAAAGAAAGCAAAAUAACCCAACCAAGUCAGCAUCAGACCAUAAAAAGAAGGAGCGGGUUUCAAGGCCAUCAAGGAUUACAGUCAAAUCUGAGCCAGAUGAAGCUUCUCUUGCUAGGACUAGACCUCAAAGAAAGAUCAUUCCAAAAAGGCCUUUGUCUCCAGAUGUGGAGCUAUCAAGUAGAAGGAAGAAGCGCAAAAAGAAAAAAGCCCCUCCAGCUAAGCCUGUAAAUGUGAUGUCUACUCAUGCUGUCCACAUCCAACCAGAUGAGAUAAAACAACCUAAAUUGAGCAAAGCGCACAAAGCUUCGCUCAAACCUAAAAAGAAAAAGCGGAAGAAGAAGACCUUUGUGUUUCCUAUUCUUGCUAGUGACCGUGUGCCCAGGGAUCAAGAAACCAAACCUAGUAAGUCAAAGGAUGGAGAAGCAGGACUAUCAAUAAGUAGUCCUAGACCAGCUCCUACAAAGAAGAGGUCCAAGCAUAUUGCAAGAAAUGUCCUGGAUGUGGACCUUCUGAGGAUGCUACCUGCUGCUGAGCUGGUCAAGAAAUUCUCCAAACAUACAAGUUUCAAGGUUCCAACAGAAGAAAGCAAAACUCAAGUGAAGCAGCAUGUAUAUAGCUGUAAGAUGCUACCACACUACUGCACUGAAAAAUUUUAUGGGAAUGAUGAAGACACAAAGAGACAGAUCACCAAACACCUUCUCAGACAUGUGGGAGAGCUACUUACUGUCACUAACAGAGGAAUAAAUAUGAUGGCACCCUCAGCAAAGAAACACAAAAAGAAAGAAUCUAAGAAAGGAGCUGAGAAUCCUGCUAACUCUACAAUGUACAUCCUACCAAGUGCUCCUCGCCCCAUGAGAGUCACGCUGCCGAAGAAUGUAAGCUCCCGCAUGAAACGCUCCAGCUACACUGUCAUCCGGUCUGCUGAUGGUUCUGAAAAAGGCAUCAGUGAGGUGGUCCUCUUACCCAAAGGACGGCUCCUAGGGAUCAUGAAUGCUCCCACCAAGCAGGAAAACAACAGUGAUUUAAUAGACGUUGACGACAGUUCAUACGGUGGGGAUCCCAAGGAGAGGGUCGUAGUGAAGAAAGGGCGUGGUGUGUUAGAAGGAACAGCCUCCAAAGUGGAUCUUUCAUCCCCUCUUGACUCCAAAAUAAAAGGGCUAAGUAUAGAAUCACUAGCCAAGGCAGUGGAAGCCAUGGUGGAUAAAGAGAGUCAAGGAUUGAACAUCGAGGCCGCAGAAGCCUUGGUGAAAGCAGCGAGUGGUGAUGGAAAAGACAAUGUUAAUGCAGAACCAGAUCCGGUUCGAGUCGUUAAGAAAGAGCCUACAUCACCAACACCGUCAUCCUCUUCCUCUUCCUCAUCAUCUUCUGGAUUCUCCUCAUCUUCCACCUCAGCAUCCCCAUCACCAAUAAGAAUCACAAAGGACAUGGUCAGAGUCAAGGAAAUUCCCAAGCUCAAGCUCUGUAAGGUCUCCAAAAAGACAAAGAAGAAACCAAAUCCAAAAGCAAUCACCAUGCCUGAUUUAAUCCCGACUGCGGUCAACGCGCCCAGCGCCGACCACAACUAUGCAUUCACAAAUAACCUCAAUCACGGAGCCCCUGUGCAUUUGGAUUCGGAGGGGCGGCCCAUCGACUCGCCUCCGGGUUUGGUAGAUGAGUGGGAGAAUGAUGCAAUGGAUAUAGAUCCCCUAGUGACCACUAUGAAUGACCAGCUGUACAAACUAAUCACAGACAUUGACCCACCGUCUCCUGACCCUAAGGUUUCUGAUGAGAACGAAGAGCCUGUCAUUGUGGAAGGAGCUAAUGUCACUGUGGCUAACGAGGAAGUGAUGGCCGACAAACCCAAGAAAUCAAAAAUCAAAUCAAAGAUUAAAGUCAACAUUCAAAGUGAAGAAGUCAAGCAAUCUGCCCUUAAUCAUCUGCAGUCCUUUUCCAAGAUUCGGAAGCGUAAAGGACCAUUCACAUGCGAGAUAUGUAACAAGGUACUCACUGCGGCAAGCACACUCAGAGCCCACUACAGGAGUCAUGCAGGUAUCAAGCCUUACCAAUGUGACAUCUGUCAAGCAACAUUUACCCGUCUUCAUAGCCUCAAGUACCACACCAUGAUCCACAACAAGGAAGCACGCUUCCUCUGCAGCUACUGUCAGAGACAGUUCCGCCACAGCAGCCACUACCGCGAGCAUCUACGCCGUCACACCGGCGAGGAACCCUUCGGUUGCAGCGACUGUUCCGCACGCUUCAAGACCAGGAACACCUACAAGCGACAUCUGAGGAGCAAACACGGUAAAGUAGUGUCCGAGGAUGGAAAGAUCAACCUUGCUCCUCCCGAUAUCAAGUCAAAAUCUGCUCCUCCCGAUAUCAAGUCAAAUUCAGGUCAAGUUCAAAUCAAAUUCUUUGCGCGAUCACGAAGCACAGAAGGAAGCCCAUCUAAAGAAGAAACGCCAUCAACGGACGUGUCACCAGCCCUAGAACUAGUACUGUCCAGCGGACAAUCACCACAAAUGGAACUAAAGUAUCGACAAAACCAAUACCAGCCAAAGAAAUAACACUAUCAACAAAAGUAACACCAAGUGUGUGAGUUUUUUUUUUAACAUGUCAAUAUCAGUGUUUCGUUUUUGUUUCUCUCCCCCCCCCAUUUAACUCUCUCUCUCUGUCAUACAUUAUCAGAAAUGGUCAACCUCGAAAAUCCAAACAAAAUGUCACUUAUCUUUUUAUUCUUAGAACCUGUGUUAGUUUGCUAAAUUCAAUUAUCAAGUGUAUGGUUUCGAUGUAAAUCAGAAUUAAUUCGAAGUUAUUAUUAAAGUGUUCUUAUGUAAUUCAAGGUCGAUUGUAUUAAUAUAUAUAUUGAUUUUGAAAAUUACAAUUUUCACAAGUUGUUGAAGUAACUUAUUCUUAUAAAAUUUAGUUUCAGUGGUAUUGAUAAAGAAAAAUGAAUAAGUAGUGGCACAGAAGAUUCAGUUUCUCAAAUUUCCGAAGUGUGAAUUCAUAUUUUAUCAUGAUAUGAUGUGUCUUUAGAAGCAAUAAUGAUGCCUUCAUAGGUUAGCAUGACACACUCUAAGUAUAAGUUCACAUGAACUAAAUCUUGGUCUUAAAAUGAGGGUCUCCGGAGCAGCUCUUGGAUCAACGAUUGCUACCACAUUAAAAUACGGGGGUCUCCUGAACUCAUUACAUCAUAGGUGCAAUCUGUAGGGGCUAUGUAGAAAACGUGCAUGUGUCUUGCUAGAUUCUCGUUAGAUAAUGGCUCCGCGCUGAUUGAGCUCACCGCUCUGACCAGCUGGGUAGAUCGUGAUGGGCACUCUCUGGAGCGAGAAAUCGCAAAGUUGAGGGUCUCCGGAACAGGAAAGAAUGGGAAUCUCUGUGGCUACCUGGAUUGGUGAUGCUCUGGAACAGAAAUUUAGGCUGAAAAAGGAGGUCUGAAUAGAUACAUUCAUACUGAGUACCAGCCCAUUCCCCUCUCUGUCAUUUCUUUCUCAAUCACUUUCUUUUUAAUGUCUUUCUUCACUGUUAGCUGAAUUAAAUUUAGCAUACAUUAUAAUCGCUGAUUACGCCAAAUUUCAUGUUCUUUGAUAUCAUUACAAUAUUGUAUUUUAACAGAAUAUACACAACAUGGAUGAUUUAUUUCGUCAUCUUCCUUCUGAUUUCUUUAUCAUUUAAUCACUUCAAAAUUAGAAAUUAUUUCAAGAAGCCUUUAUGGAUUUUUGAGGUGAAUGGAUUUUAUGAUUAUUGCAAAUUAAUUUACAUUGCAAUCUGUAAUAUAAAGAUAUAAAGAAGAUAUUAAAGAAAAAAACAUUCAAACGUGGCUUACUAGGAAAAAAAAGGUAAAUGGUAGUAACACACAUUUUUGAUAAUAACAAUAAUAAAAAUAUUCAGAUCUUUUAUAGUUCACAUCAAGUCAAUUUAUCUAAUAUGUCUAUGCACUUCCAAAGGGUCCAAGGAUGUGAAUACCCGGGUUUUCAAUAACUGGAGUGAGAGGACAGAAAAUUUAAAGUAAGGAUAUGUUAGAUAAAAAAGAUGCACCAAAAUGUCAAGUGAUUUUUGGAUUGUCAGAUUAUUAACCAAUAGAAACUGACAAUAUCACAAUCUAUUAAAAGGGUAUCGUUCAAACAAACUGUGAUCCUUUUUCAGUUAUGGUAAGACGAAGCUCAACAACAUUUUUCAUAUUGUGUACAAACAUUAUGGUCCGAAUUCACAAAGGUGGUUCUGAAAACCCAUGGUUGAGUCCAUGGUAUAUGCAGAUUUCCUGUAUGAUUUACGCUUAAUUUAGCGUGCAUCGGGCACGUGUAUAAAAAAUGUCCAACGCCUGUUGCCGUGGUUAUCCAUGCUAUUUAAUUCAUGUGUCUACUCUUCAAACAGUGGAAUCGGGGCCUAAAAUCUCAGUUUGUAGUUAGUAACAACAAUCUUUUGGGCGUAUUUGAUCAUUAUUAAAACAAUAAGCAGUACUGCUUAGUACCAGGCGAGCAAAUCAUAUUCAUCUGUGAAUCAUA